UUGAGGAUAUAAACACAAUGAAAAAUAAUUAAAAAUGGAAGAAGGUCGUAUGUAAACUGUGUAGUUUAUCAUGCGCGGUUAUACGGAAUUGUAUAUCUUUUAUAAUAUCGUAGAUAAAUAAGAACGAUACACAUACGUAUAUCAAAAUUGUUAUACAUUUUAUAAUAAAGUGUUCGUAAUAAUCAUAUUAUGUAUUAUUUUGUAUCAACAAAGAGACAAAUUUUGAAUUAUUAACGAAGUAGAAGAUAUAAAGACUUUUCAAAUGCAGGACAUUUCUGAUGAUUGUACAGAUAUGAGAUUAUUACCAAUGAAUGAAGUGCUUAAACCACUAGCUUGGUUAAAAGGAACAUGGAGAACUAAAAGUCCUGGAGCUGGUAAAUAUCCAACAAUUCAACCAUUUAGAUAUUGCGAAGAGAUGUCCUUCUCUUCUAUCGGUCAACCAAUGUUAAAUUAUUCUGCAUUAAGUUGGAAGCCUGAUGGAAAAACUCCAAUGCAUUAUGAAGUUGGAUUUUUGAAAAUAAUACCUGAUAAAAAUAAAGUAUAUAUGCUGCUGUCUCAUAACUUUGGUGUAACAACAAUAGAAGAAGGAGUUGUUGAAGAUAAAAUCAUUAAAUUGAAAACUACUCAUAUAGGAAGACCAACAGAAGGAACAAGAGGACCUAUAGUACUGGAGCUUCGAAGACAAUUUGCUCUUGUUGGAGAUUGUUUAGAACAUACAUUAUAUAUGGCUACAGAAAACACAAAAUUGCAAGAACAUUUACAUGCAGUUUAUAUUAAAAAAUGCGAAACUGACCCAUGAAACUAUACAAUAUAAUUAUAUUGAACUGUACAAUAUGAUAUAUAUGUAUAUUGUCAUUGUUAAUAAAAUCUUUAGAUUCUUUUAACAGA